AUGAGGGAAAUCACCAGGGGAAAUGCCACAAAACAGCCUCACAAGAUUGCCUGGUCCUGGAGGUUCUGCGGAGGAACUGUUUACUGGCUCACAACCAUCCCUCUCCAGGCUCACAACCACCCCUCUCCGGGCUUACAACCACCCCUCUCCAUGCUUACAAUCAUCCCUCUCCAUGCUCACAACCAUCCCUCUCCAUGCUUACAACCACCCCUCUCCAGGCUUACAACCACCCCUCUCCAGGCUCACAACCACCCCUCUCCAGGCUUACAACCAUCCCUCUCCAGGCUCACAAUCACCCCUCUCCAGGCUCACAACCACCCCUCUCCAUGCUUACAACCACCCCUCUCUAGUCUUACAACCACCCCUCUCCAGGCUCACAACCAUCCUUCUCCAGGCUCACAACCACCCCUCUCCAGGCUCACAACCAUCCUUCUCCAGGCUCACAACCACCCCUCUACAGGCUUACAACCACCCCUCUCCAGGCUAACAACCAUCCCUCUCCAGGCUCACAACCACCCCUCUCCAGGCUUACAACCACCCCUCUCCAGUCUCACAACCACCCCUCUCCAGGCUUACAACCACCCCUCUCCAGUCUCACAACCACCCCUCUCCAGGCUCACAACCACCCUCUCCAGGCUUACAACCAUCCCUCUCCAGGCUCACAACCACCCCUCUCCAGGCUUACAACCACCCCUCUCCAGUCUCACAACCACCCCUCUCCAGGCUCACAACCACCCCUCUCCAGGCUUACAACCACCCCUCUCCAGGCUCACAACCAUCCCUCUCCAGGCUAACAACCAUCCCUCUCCAGGCUCACAACCACCCCUCUCCAGGCUUACAACCACCCCUCUCCAGGCUCACAACCACCCCUCUCCAGGCUUACAACCAUCCCUCUCCAGGCUCACAACCAUCCCUCUCCAGGCUUACAACCACCCCUCUCCAGGCUUACAACCACCCCUCUCCAGGCUCACAACCAUCCCUCUCCAGGCUAACAACCAUCCCUCUCCAGGCUCACAACCAUCCCUCUCCAGGCUCACAACCACCCCUCUCCGGGCUUACAACCACCCCUCUCCAUGCUUACAAUCAUCCCUCUCCAUGCUCACAACCAUCCCUCUCCAUGCUUACAACCACCCCUCUCCAGGCUUACAACCACCCCUCUCCAGGCUCACAACCACCCCUCUCCAGGCUUACAACCAUCCCUCUCCAGGCUCACAACCACCCCUCUCCAGGCUUACAACCACCCCUCUCCAGGCUCACAACCACCCCUCUCCAGGCUUACAACCACCCCUCUCCAGGCUCACAACCACCCCUCUCCAGGCUCACAACCACCCCUCUCCAGGCUCACAACCAUCCCUCUCCAGGCUCACAACCACCCCUCUCCAGGCUUACAACCACCCCUCUCCAGGCUCACAACCACCCCUCUCCAGGCUCACAACCACCCCUCUCCAGGCUUACAACCACCCCUCUCCAGGCUCACAACCAUCCCUCUCCAGGCUAACAACCAUCCCUCUCCAGGCUCACAACCACCCCUCUCCAGGCUUACAACCACCCCUCUCCAGGCUCACAACCACCCCUCUCCAGGCUUACAAUCAUCCCUCUCCAGGCUCACAACCAUCCCUCUCCAGGCUUACAACCACCCCUCUCCAGGCUUACAACCACCCCUCUCCAGGCUCACAACCACCCCUCUCCAGGCUCACAACCAUCCCUCUCCAGGCUCACAGCCACCACUCUCCAGGCUCACAACCACCCCUCUCCAGGCUCACAACCACCCCUCUCCAGUCUUACAAUUACCCCUCUCCAGUCUUACAAUUACCCCUCUCCAGGCUCACAACUAACCCUCUCCAGGCUUACAACCACCUCUCUCCAGACACACAACCACCCCUCUCCAGGCUUACAACCAUCCCUCUCCAGGCUUACAACCACCCCUCUCCAGGCUCACAACCACCCCUCUCCAGGCUCACAACCACCCCACUCCAGGCUCACAACCACCCCUCUCCAGGCUCACAACCACCCCUCUCCAGGCUUACAACCAUCCCUCUCCAGGCUUACAACCACCUCUCUCCAGACACACAACCACCCCACUCCAGGCUCACAACCACCCCUCUCCAGGCUCACAACCACCCCUCUCCAGGCUUACAACCAUCCCUCUCCAGGCUCACAACCACCCCUCUCCAGGCUCACAACCACCCCACUCCAACCUUCCCCAGGGUUGCCACACCCCAGAGACACACAACUCUAACUGAUGUUAACGAAGACAGAGCAACUCUGAGAUGCAGAUUUCUAAACAGAGCCGUUCAUGUGCAAGCUGAUUUUAAACCAGAUGCAUAG